AUGAAUUAACUUAUUAAAUAGUGCCUUGAAAGGGAAUAUUAAAGAUAAGGUCUUUCAGAUUAACCUCAUUCAAUCAGUGUUAAUGUUGUUGUGAACUUAGAAAAAGCUAAUUUAAAAUUAUCAAUGUCUAUUGAUCCUGAGAUUCCAUUUAAUAUAUUUUUAUAAGGAAUCAAAGAAUAAAUAUUUGCAUAACGGAUGUAAGCUUAUUAUGAAGAAGAAUUAGAAUGGUAAUUAUGUAAUGGAAGCAAUCUUCAACCAGACGAUGGAAGAACUCUUUAAUCAUUAGGUUUUACAAACAAUUGUACAUUAUAUGUCAGAUUGAAACUUAGAGGUGGACCAAAAAAAAUAUAUUAUUAAGUAUUAGUGGAUUUGCAAUUCAAGAAAAUUGA